GGUAUCUAUCUUCUUUUGGUUUUGAAUAUCUAUGGUGUUGAAGUUUACGAUUUUGUCAUUUGCAGGAAUUUCUUAUUUGUAGCGGUUUCUUUAAUGCAAAAUGGCUCCUACAGAGAAGAAAGCAAUCGAGAAAAAAGAACAGAAUGUAAAAACAGUUAAAGGCCUUCCAGCUGUGCCGGAGUCAGUUUUAAAACAUCGUAAGCGACGUGAUGCUUUCCGGGCCAGACAAGCUCAGGACGCUAUCAAGAAGCGAGCAUUAGCCCAUAAAAAAAAAAAGCAGAUUUUUAAACGGGCAGAAGCAUAUGUCAAGGAAUACAGACUAAAGGAACGCGAUGAAAUUAGACUUGCUCGGCAAGCAAGAGUACGCGGUAAUUACUACGUCCCUGGUGAAGCAAAGUUAGCUUUUGUGGUUCGUAUAAGAGGUAUCAACAAAGUUGCACCAAAAGUUCGGAAAGUUUUACAGCUGUUUCGGUUACGUCAAAUAAAUAAUGGAGUAUUCAUUAAGUUGAACAAAGCAACUCUUAAUAUGUUACGUAUAUGUGAACCAUACAUUACAUGGGGAUAUCCAAAUCUUAAAUCUGUAAGGGAAUUAAUUUAUAAGCGUGGAUUUGCAAAAAUUAAUGGUCAACGUAUUCCAAUUACAAGUAACCAGUUAAUUGAGGAUAAACUGGGAAGAGCCAAUAUCAUAUGCAUUGAAGAUUUAAUUCAUGAAGUUUUUACUGUUGGACCCAAAUUUAAAUAUGCAUCAAACUUCUUGUGGCCAUUCAAGUUGAAUACACCUACUGGAGGAUGGCGCAGAAAAACGAACCACUAUGUUGAAGGAGGUGAUUUUGGUAAUAGAGAAGAUAAAAUUAAUGAACUCCUUAGAAGAAUGGUGUAAAAUGCUAUAUGUAGAUAUGUGCCGUUGUCAAAAUAAAAUUGACAAUAUAUGGUAUAAUAUGG